AUCGAUUCCCUCAUUUGUGUAAUUUGACUCGUGCAGACAAAUCAACCCAGAUCUUAGGGAAGAUUUCGGGUAAGCUUUAGCUAGCUAGCAAAGCAGCUUUGAUCGAUCGAACUUGCAAGCAAGAGGUGGUUCGGGAUUCUAUUCAUUUUCUUCGGUGAUGAUAACAUACCUAAAGCUUAGACAAUGGCAACUUUGAUUUCUUCGCUGUUGUCGAUGAAGGCUUUAUUUGACUACAACGGUAUCUGAGAAGAAGAUGAAUAGCAUCCAGGGCGCUCUUGCAUGCAACAAGCAUCAUGGCUGUUCAAUCUCGUAAACGAAGAGUUGCCUGCUGACUCAUAUGGCUCCUUCAUCUCCUGUUCCUAACUCUUCCCGUGGUGCUAGCUCUGGCCCUGCUAGUAUCCAGAUCGAGUCCCAGAAAAAUGCAUCGCCUGCUCGUCGUUCGCGGCCGCCGCGGCCCAAUUACAAACAUAUCCAUCGCUUCCCUCUCCCCGUUGAUGUCCAUCCUUUGCCGCCUCUGAUCCCUCAUAAUCCAUUGUCGAUUGUCAGCGUGCUGUUGUCCUAUUUGACAUACCUCAUCGCACCACCCAAACAGCAUGUCUACGAGGCUUAUUUUGACUCUGCGACGUCAUCUGUCCAUGUCACGGACCCGAAGGCCAUCCGAGCUCUCUGGGAGAUGGGUUUCUUUGGCAAGGGUAAUCUUAGUCGGAGUGAACCGAGCUGGCUGGAGCGAGAGAAGAAGCGGCGCGGAUUGCUCGGUGGCACUACAAGUGAGGAGGUCACCCGGCAGCGCCGGACAGAACGUCGCGAAUUGAAGAUGGAUCGAGCUCGCAUGGAGAAGCUGGCCAUCCAAGAACGACUGAAGGCCGAAGCAGCCGCCCGGCAAGGCGACAAUUUGUCUGUCGAGCAGCCCUCUCAAUCGCCGUCCGCAGACACAUCGGCAGAGAAGUUCUCACUGAGAAAAGCCAAAGAAGCGAGGCUGUUGGACUCGCAGCGCUCAAUCACACAGAAUGGCGAAGCGCGCCCUUCCAACACACCCGGAGAGCAAAUCUCCAAUGGUAGCGGCAAGACCGUUCGAUUUUCCCCGGUUGUGCAGGCUAAGGAGUUCAUCUCCGACUCGGCUAUCCUGCAGCUUCCGGAGGUGAUAGCAGAGGAAGACAAGGCCGGCGGUGCAGAAGAGGAGCCCAUCUUGCAGAACGAAGAGCAUCUUCACCUGUCGAACGAGGAAGCCUUCUUUCUCGCCUACGGACUUGGUGCACUGACGCUCCUGGACGACACACGCGAAGCCGUCAUGACGACCUCGACUUUACUCCCCCUAUUCUGCCAGCAUGCCGACUUCCCACCCCGUGAUUCGUCCUCAGAGAUGAAGCCAGGCGAUACUUUCCUGAUCUCUUACGUCGUGUACCACCAUUUCCGGUCUCUGGGAUGGGUGGUGCGAUCCGGUGUGAAGUUCGGGGUUGAUUAUCUUCUCUACAACCGUGGCCCGGUCUUCUCACAUGCCGAGUUUGCGGUCGUCGUCGUUCCUUCCUACGUUGACUCCUACUGGUCAGAGACUGAGGAGCGCCGGAAGCACUGCGAAAAGCAAGUGUCCCGCAGCUGGUGGUGGCUGCAUUGCGUCAACCGUGUUCAAGCCCAAGUGAAGAAGAGCUUGGUGGUUUGCUAUGUAGAAGUGCCACCGCCGGCUUCGUACGAUCUGGACGAACCAUCAGAGACUGAUAUUGGGAGACUGCUUGCUCGGUACCAAGUUCGAGAGAUGGUGGUACGCAGAUGGGUGCCUAACCGUACUCGUGACUGAUCCUGUGUGCUUCCUUUCCUUCAUCUUGUAUCAUCCUGACUGAGCAGUGACCUGGUGUUGGAUGAAUACUUACUUUGUAAUUGCUCCACUCUGACGCAAGCUGUACUUCUUAGCAAACUCCAGCAAUUAUGUACAAUAUCCC